CUACAGGUCAAACGGCCUGUUAGGGUUACUCCGAGCGGAAUGGAAUUGUCCUUGCAAGGGUCCCGUCGUGCAUUCAUUACGGGAGCAGGAAGCGGCAUCGGUGCCGGUAUAGCCUCUUCAUUAGCUCUUGAACAUGGAUGGGAAGUGAUAGCAACAGACGUUAAUUUGGAGGCGGCGCAAGGCACAGCCGCGCAGAUAAAGGCCAAAGAUGGUAAAGCGGAAGCCUAUGCGCUGAAUGUGGCUGACAAUACCCAAAUAGUCUCACUCAUUGAGCAGCUAAAAAGAGAAGGAAAAAAUGUCGAUGUUCUGAUAAAUAAUGCAGGUUUGCAGCACGUGGCGCGUCUCGAAGACUUUCCUGCUGAGAAAUGGGGAUUCAUGAUCCAAGUCAUGUUGACUGGUGUGGCUGAUCUCACAAGGGCAAUCUUACCAAUGAUGCAUGAACAAGGAUUCGGACGUAUUGUUAACAUUGGUUCUAUCCAUAGCGUUAUCGCAUCCCCCUUCAAAUCCGCGUACGUGGCUGCAAAGCACGGUCUCAUCGGAUUCUCCAAGGUAAUAGCCUUGGAGACCAGCGACGUAGAUAUUACCAUCAACACCAUUUGUCCAUCCUAUGUGAAGACUCCUCUGGUAGAUGCUCAAAUCGCAAAUCAGGCGAAGACACACGGUAUCAGCGAGGAUGAGGUAAUCAACAAAAUUAUGCUCGAGCCCAUGCCCAAAAAGGCCUUCAUUUCCAUUCAAGAACUGGUUGGCACUACUCUUUUUUUGACAUCCGAUGCCGCGAGGAACAUGACGGGCCAGACGCUAGUACUUGACGGCGGCUGGACGGUACGUUGAUAUACCGCACAUACGCGUGCUGGUAAGAAAUUACACUGACACAUAAAAGUUACAGAUGGGCUUGCCUGCUUGACAAAUUAUAAAUAUGAUACGUACACAUAUAAAGGCUGAA